AUGGCAACUCUAUUCAAUCUGCCAUUUCUCACCUCGCGCGACGACUCAUUCUCGAUCCCCAUGCAUUUCUUCGACCAGAAUGGAGAUGUGGUCUGGGCAGUCGAUGGAGAUGUUGACAUCCGUGUGGAAAACGAACCUGACGCUCAACUAGCCUAUUCCCAGGUUUUCCAUGUCUCGAGUCAUGCUCUGAAGAAGACGUCCCGGUAUUUUGCCUCCCUCUUGAGCGAGCGAUGGACUCAUGAAGGUAAGCCGAAUGACCCCCUGGUCCUGAAAGGAGACAACCUUUGCGCCAUGGCGAUCUUCUUUGCCAUCAUGCAUGACGCGAUUCUGCCAGCUCAGGAACUGACUCUGGGACAGCUGCGAGCACUGGCUGUGGUGUGCGACAAGUACAUGUACGAAGGCACCAUUCCAGAAUGGAUCAGCACUUGUCUGGCUUCAUUUCUGCACUCUCAUAACAACAUCAUGGAAUUCUCCAACGCUAUCAAGACAGAGGUCCUACCGGACGUCCUCUGCAUCGCGAGCGUUUUGAAUCUUCCCAUCAUCUUCGGCAAGGCCUCCCAUCAGUUGAUGUGGCUCGCACCGGCAUGCGACAUUCGGUCAACCUUAUCAGACGACCUUGCGAGCAUGCUUACGAUCGACCUGGCCAAAGAGUUUGGAGCAGAGAGCAAGCGAAUACCAUCGCACCUGGUGACACAAUUGCCCAAACUACUCUUUCCUGACCCCCACGGUGUCGAGAACUGGUGGUGUGCCCGGUGUACUACCGUGCCCCACGAGGAGCGAUGGCACUCGGAAGUAAUCAGAAAGACAGGACCUUGGGCCUUGGACGCGGAAGGUAUGCUCACCGUCAGUGUUGGAGAGAUGGUAGCGGCUUGGUUGGACAAGAUCUCGGGGCUGAGCCGUCUUCGAGAGCUGGACACCGAUCAAUUCUCUUUCCCAUGCGGCAGAUUCAGACUGCGGUACGCUGAUCUCAGUCUGACGGAAGUCCAGCUCGACCUCUAUACCUCCGUGGGUGGACAGUGCAUUUCCUGCUUCAAGGCUGGCGUUUUUAAGUACGAUGUCUUCUGUCCGGAACACAAAGUCUGUCUUUUUGUGAAUUAG